CGCGAGCUCCUGACGCCGAUGACGCUGAUGAUCGACAGAGGGCCAAAGACCCUGAUUUCUUAAUAUUUAUUACCAGUCCUCCAUCCCCGGUUUUUUUGUUUUAAUCUUCUACAGUUAUUCUCGGACUGACAAAACUGAUAUCUUAAACCACCCAGGGAACUACUACCCAACACCUCGAUAGCCACUGUCAAAUAUCUUCCCUAGAUCUGCAGAAAAUGGCCUACACCUCUUCCUGGGUCACCAUCGUACGGGUGGUUCAGGCCAUCUUCGCUGUGAUCGUCCUCGGACUGACUGCCUAUGUGAUCAACUGGGACGACUAUUACUCGUGGUGGUCGCCCAGUACGGUGAACUUCAUGCUCUUCAACAGCGUGUGGACGCUUGUCAUCGCGCUGCCGUACAUCGUCCUAGCGCCGGUCUUCUUCGCAGGCAUCGUGCACCCGUUUAUCGUUGUCGGCAUGGAGGCUGUCACCAUGAUCUUCUGGUUUGCCGGUUUCAUUGCAUUGGCCUGUGUACUGCCACCGCCACGGGCCUGUCACAGUAGUCUGUGUGACUCCUUGCAGGCAGCAACGGUGUUUGGUGCCUUUGAAUGGGCACUGUUCGCUGCUACCACCACCAUCAAUGUCAUGGCUGUCUUCACUUCUCGAGGCAAUAACGGUGUGAAAGCGAAUCCGAAUGCCGCUGUCCACACGGGUGUUUAAAUACACCAUCGGCCUCGCUAUCUCGAAACGAACGAACGCUAUCUCAACACGAACGAAUAUGUUAUAUACCCAUGAUUCUUACGGCCCUUUAUAUACUGUUUAUUAGCUGAUGUCUUUUUUCCCCGUCCUACCUGCUGAUCAGAUCGCGCGAGAUAUCGUAUUGCCAACCGCAUCAAUUCUGAUAUUGAAUAUCCUGUAGUUAUAUUAUUGAUUGAUACUUGGCGAAUCACUAGUCAACUAGCAUUGACCUUUGUUAUUAAUUUAUUACUUGAUAACUACCUGAUCAACCCAUAGUUUAGUCAAUUAGUUGCGAAGUUAAUCUGCGGUGAUCUCCGAGCCCACUUCAAACGCUCCAACCUCCACACAGCUGCAGAGUGACGAAUGCUAUUUUAGAACAGAUCAGAAUAGAACCAAAGAUAAGGAACAAUUAUCUGACCACAG